AUGGAGAACAACGAGAUUUCUAAAGCUCGCUUCGCCGAGAUCAAGGCAGCUGUUGGUAACCCUUUCGAAGUUUCCCCAACAGUCUACAUGCAGAGACUCGAGGAAGAAACCGCCCGCGAUAACAGCUUGAUUCCGUUCUUGAAUAUGGCAUCCAGUGACUUCACCCCGCGUCAGUCACCCCUGCAGUGGCUCCAGAAGCUCACCACUACGGACUUUGCAAACGUCGAGGAGAUCUGUCACGUUCGUUUUCAGUUGGUCAGUGAUUUCAUGGACAAAUUUGAUCUGGUCGCCAAUGAUGAAGGCACCUUUGCCGUUUCACCAUGGCCUGGUUCUCUGAGCUAUGAAGAAAUCGACGGCGAUGUUCAUCCGGGACUCCUUCGGCUCGAGACUUCCGCCCUUCACGGAGCCGGCGACUCUCUUCCUGCCCUGAUCCUCCCUGUUGGCCAGUUGUUGAAGAGGGUUAAUUGCGACAGUGUGACCUCAUACUGGCCCGAAACUGACUAUGUCCUCGUCAUCGAUGCUGUUGCGCCUGGACAUCCUGUCUGGCUGAUCUAUGAUCGCAAUCCACUUGAUGACUUGGGUGACCGACACAUCGUCGACCCGACUUACCAACCCCUGAUCUUCAAAGGCAUUGGGCACAAUUUUGACGCUGCUCAAAUCUUCCCAAGCGUCCACGACUGGAUCCAGUCUUAUGGAAACGUCGAUUUUACCCAAUUUGAGGAAUCUAUCAAGGCCACUUGUAUCACCGGGGCUGUGAAGGUCAAGGAGUCUCCUGAGGCGGAGGCUGCUGAGCUUUUGCGCCACUAA